UAGAUUCACCCAAGCCACCUGUUGCUCCUAAGCCGAAGGCUGCCAGUCCCUUGACGCCAGUGACGGCACCCAAGUUCCCCUCGUCACCCCGGCCGGAGAGUCUUCACAGCCCCAACUCCAUGUCCAGGGGGCCGAAACCCCCCAUCGCCCCAAAGCCCAGGCUGGCCACCCCCAGCGAGUGGCGGGCCAGCUUCUACAUGAUCAAUAGCCUGAGCCAGUGCAGCAACGGCAAGCUGCCCUGCGUGGACAGGGGCCUCUGCGAGGAGCCGCGGCCCACCCCCGACGAUUACAUCGUGGUCCCCAGGGCUCCGCCGGGAGAAGAUGGACUCGGGGACAGGGGCUCUGUGGAGAACGCCGUCACGGAGGCCAGCGGGGAGGAGGGCCAGGAGGGAGGCGAGGAGAGUGACCAGGAGGGGACAGCAGCUACAGAGGACGUGGCAGCCCCAGCUGAAGCAGAGCCAAGUGGAGAGGGUGAUGAAGGUGGGCCCCCCACGCCUGAGAACGAGGUGGCUGAGAACUGUGCCUGCGACCCGGGGGCCGAGGCGCAGGGCACGAGUGAGGAAGAAGAGAAGCCGGUGGAAGAACACCACGAGGACGUCCUGGAGGCCGGGAGCCCUCGGGACGGGGAGGCCAUCUUCCCGAGCGACAUCAUUCUAAUGCACUUUGGCGUGGAGGAUCCAGCAGCUUGUGGCCCCGAGCCCGGGUCCUCUGGGACCCCCCGGGAGACAGAGGAGGAUGGUGAGGAAGGCUGCACCGAUGCAGAGCCGGAUGAGGGUGUGGACUCUGGCGGGCCCGCUGAGGGGGACACCGAAGAUGCUGGCAAGACACCCCUGGAGAGCGACGGAUUGGUCACUGGCGCCCCGGAGACGGAGGCAGCCAUAGACAGCCAGGAUCCCUCCCAGGAGGAAUGUGAGGACGCCCCCGGCGGUGGCGGCCAGGACGGUCAGGCUGAGCCUCCAGACCAGAAUGAGGAAGCUGACCUGGAAGACCUGCCAGCAGUCUCCCAGGAGGCAGGAGAAGACCCUCGAGAAGGCGAGGAGCCCCCACAGGAAGAACCGGUGGAGGAGAGCUGCCAGAUCGUUCCCUUCGAGAGUGACUGUGUGGACGACUUCGCGACUCCGCUCUCGGGGAGUCCCUACGAGCUCUUCCCGACUGAGAGCACCUCCUUCUGCAGUGAAAGCUACUCUCCUUUUCCCAAGUCGGCGAGGGGCUUAGAGUCAGAGCAGGAGCCGCAGGUGGGGGAACAUGCGGGGCAGGACCCCGUGGCUGGGACUGGAUGUGGCCGGCGUGGCUCCCUGCAGGGUGGUGCCGGAGACAGCCCCUCUGUCCCUGACGUGGUGGUCCUGCCGGAGGACGAGGAUGCCAUGGACGACGCACUCACCAACCCGUAUGAGAUGGGAGUUGGUGUGGUGUGCGGAGUGGACCCUGGGGAGGGGGAGAUGCCUGAGGACCAGGCUGCCUCAGACACCCUGAGUGGUAAUGGCACAAAGGAGGACGUGAGCUCUGAUGCCGAGGGUGGCCUGGUCCCCAUUGACAGGAAGAACGUCAUCGCGAGGGCCAGGCCCCACUCCGGGAAGGUGGCUGGCUACGUCCCAGAAACCGUCCCGGAAGAAAUGGGACCAGAAGCUGGCUCGUCAGCCAUCAGUGUUGGAGGUGCCAUCACAGAGGCGAGGAAGAUGGGCCUGUCGCUGGAGGGGAAGCCCCUGGACGUCAGCAGGGCCUUGCCAGCAAAGCCCAGAGCCUUCACAUUGUACCCUCGGUCAUUCUCCGUGGAAGGCCGGGAGAUCCCCGUGCCCCUGUACCGGGAGCCCGAGGCGUGCGGCUCAGACGCCCGCAGGAUCAGGGGCAAGGACGACAGCCUCUCUCUGCCCUGCGUGAUCGGCUCCUCCGGCAGCUUCUCCCAGCGGAGCCACCUCCCGUCCAGCGGCACCUCCACGCCGUCUUCUGUGGUCGACAUCCCGCCCCCUUUCGACCUGGCCUGCAUCACCAAAAAGCCCAUCACAAAGAGCUCACCCUCCCUCCUGGUGGAGAGCGAGCCCCCAGACAAGCACGCCAAGAAGAAGAAGUCGUCCUUCAAGCGGUUCCUGGCGCUGACCUUUAAAAAGAAGACGGAGAGCAAGGUGCACGUGGACGUCAACGUGUCUUCUUCCAGGUCCUCCUCGGAGUCCAGCUACCAUGGGCCUGCCCGGCUCCUGGAGUUGGACCGGAGGAGCCUCAGCAACUCCCCCCAGCUCAAGGUGCGGACCGGCAAGGCGCGGGCUUGCGACUCGCCCUCCUCCCUCAUCUUCUGCAGGGACAGCGGCAAGAGGAAGGGUGUCCCCUUCAGCAGGACGGUGUCCAGGGUGGAGUCCUUCGAGGACCGCUCCCGGCCUCCCUUUCUGCCCCUGCCCCUGACCAAGCCGCGUUCCAUCUCGUUCCCCAACGCCGACACCUCGGACUACGAGAACAUCCCAGCCAUGAACUCGGACUACGAGAAUAUCCAGAUUCCGCCCCGGAGGCCCGCGAGGGCCGGGACAUUUACGAAGCUGUUCGAAGAUCAGAGCAGAGCCCUGUCCACGGCGAACGAGAAUGACGGCUACGUGGACAUGAGCAGCUUUAAUGCCUUCGAGAGCAAACAGCAGAGCGCAGAGCAGGAGGCAGAAAGUGCCUACACAGAGCCCUACAAGGUCUGUCCCAUCUCAACAGCAGCCCCCAAGGAGGACCUCACGUCGGAUGAAGAGCAGGGAAGCUCGGAGGAGGAGGACAGUGCUCCAAGAGACCCCAGCCUCACCCACAAGGUGGAAGGACAGUCCAGGGCCCACGUCAUCGCACAGGAACUGCUGUCGUCGGAGAAAGCGUACGUGGAGAUGCUCCAGCACUUACAUCUGGAUUUCCACGGAGCUGUCUUGAGGACCUUGGAUGAGAUGGACCAAGAGGGCAAGGACACGUUGGCCAGGGAGGAGCUGAGACGUGGCCUGAGUGAACUCCCAGCCAUCUGCGACCUUCACCAGGGGAUCCUGGAGGAGCUGGAGGAGAGGCUGGUGCACUGGGAGAGCCAGCAGAAGGUGGCUGACGUCUUCCUGGCCCGGGAGCAGGGGUUUGAGCACCACGCCGCUCACAUCCUGCAGUUCGACAGGUACCUGAGUCUGCUUGGCGAGAGCUGCCUGCAGUCCCCACGCCUGGCAGCUGCCGUCCGGGAGUUUGAGCGGAGUCAGCAGGGGGGCGGCCAGAACGUGAAGCACCGGCUGCUGAGGGUGGUUCGGCGCCUGUUCCAGUACCAGGUCCUCCUCACAGACUAUUUAAACAACCUGUGCCCGGACUCGGCCGAGUACGAUAACACACAGGGUGCGCUGACCCUUGUCUCCAAAGUCACAGACCGCGCCAAUGACAGCAUGGAACAAGGGGAAAACCUGCAGAAGCUGGUCCACAUAGAGCACAGCGUUCGGGGCCAAGGGGAUCUCCUCCAGCCAGGAAGGGAGUUUCUGAAGGAAGGGACGCUGAUGAAAGUAACAGGGAAAAACAGACGGCCACGGCACCUGUUUCUGAUGAGCGAUGUGCUCCUAUACACGUAUCCGCAGAAGGACGGGAAGUACCGGCUGAAGAACACGCUGGCGGUGGCCAGCAUGAAGGUCAGCCGCCCGGUGAUGGAGAAAGUGCCCUACGCCCUGAAGAUCGAGACUUCCGAGUCCUGCCUGACUCUGUCUGCGAGCUCCUGUGCGGAACGGGACGAGUGGCACAGCUGCCUGAGCAGAGCCCUCCCUGAGGACCACAAGGCCCGGGCUCUGGCCGCCUUCCAGCACAGCGUGGAGAUACGCGAGAGGCUGGGGGUCAGCUUGGGAGAGAGGCCCCCCACCCUGGUGCCUGUCACACACGUGAUGAUGUGCAUGAACUGCGGCUGCGACUUCUCCCUCACCCUGAGGCGGCACCACUGCCACGCCUGCGGCAAGAUCGUCUGCCGGAACUGCUCGCGGAACAAGUACCCUCUGAAGUACCUCAAGGACCGCAUGGCCAAGGUCUGCGACGGCUGCUUCGGGGAGCUGAGGAAGAGGGGCGGGGACGUCCCAGGCCUGAUGAGAGAGCGGCCGGUGAGCAUGAGCUUCCCCCUGUCCGCCCCCCGCUUCUCGAGCAGCGCCUUCUCGUCCGUCUUCCACAGCAUCCACCCCUCGGCCUUCAAGAAGCAAAGGAAAGUCCCUUCAGCCCUGACCGAGGUGGCCGCCUCCGGAGAGGGCUCCGCCAUCAGUGGCUACCUCAGCCGGUGUAAGAAGGGCAAGCGGCACUGGAAGAAGCUCUGGUUCGUCAUCAAAGGCAAAGUGCUCUACACCUACGUGGCCAGCGAGGACACAGUGGCCAUGGAAAGCAUGCCCCUGCUAGGCUUCACCAUCGCUCCAGAGAAGGAGGAGGGCAGCAGUGAAGUAGGACCUGUAUUUCACCUUUACCACAAGAAAACCCUAUUUUAUAGCUUCAAAGCAGAGGAUUCCAAUUCUGCUCAGAGGUGGAUCGAGGCCAUGGAAGGUGCGAGUGUGUUAUAGCAGUUACCGAGCGCAUGGACUCAGAAUGCACGCCUAGGUUGAUACGUGGACCUUUCCAGAAGCCGAUCCGUGUCUCCACCCGUCCGGACACGCAGCUGGCUUCAGCACGGGACCUGAUCUUUUCCGCCGACCCCCGUUACACCUUCACGAGUGGAACCCCUAAGGGAUAUUUAUGGACCUUCCCGUCUUCAUGUUUUCCACCCCACCCCUCCACCCUCGCCAGCCCUCCCAGCAUAAACCGUUUCCAUUUCUGGUGGAAUUAAAAUUUAGUAACAUGAAGACACGGAAACUAAUGGGAAAGUACAUUUUAGAAGUGCAGGCUUUUUAGCAGAAACGAGGUGUUACAACUUUUGCUCCUGGUAAACACUGUCGCCUUUCAUCUCGUUGACGUCAGUGCCUCAGGUGGAACGGGAAACAGCCGGUAAAUGACAGCUACUCUCAUCGAAAGCACUUUAUUGUUUUACUGAGCAGCAGCCUCCAGUCUUCUGUUUUCCAAGUAAUUUACUUAAGUUGAUGGCAGUGGAGUCCUGUGGACUAAUUUGCCACCAGUACUCAGCAAAGGCGUCCGGCCGUUGGUUUGUGCGAGCCCGGCUGUGGCCGGGAGUGUCCUUCCUGCGGAGCGGGGGCCCCGCUGCACCGGAGUGGGAGGGAGGGCUCUCCUCCCAGAGACCACUGACCUGCGGGCUGACAUGACUUCAAAAGAGGAACCCCCUCCUCCCCACUGCGGUCCCAACACCACGCCCGUGCUGGAAACUCGGCUGCUGGCCCCUCCGGCCCCCGCCCUGGAGGUCGCUGCAAACCCUCCGAAGAGACAGGGUCUGCUUUAAUUUAUUGUGUGCCUUCCUGAGUUCACCCCACACGAGCCGACAGCGUGAUGCGUAUGAGAACUGUUCUUGUUAUCCACACGGUUAUCCUCCUGCUGUGUUAACAAAGCCUUGAAAGAGAUACAAGGAGAGAAAACAGGAUACGAUCAGAGGUGGAUGCGUGGUCUUGGCCGGUGGCUCUGGACGCAGCGAGGGAGCAGGGAAGUAGUGGCUUACGGAUGCUCUCCUCCCGCCGAUGACUGCUGCUCGCAAUGCUGGACAUGUUUUUACGUAAAGCAGAGUGGUGGGGGGACCCCUUGUUACUCUCAUCAAAAUAAUAAAGCAGUCGUAUCAUU